UGUUGAUUUUAUUGUGUUAGCUUGCAAGUCAGAUGGCGACAUGGGGGACGUUGACCCAUAUGUGACCGACAGGUAUGAGGUUUUAAAACGUCUUGGCAAAGGAGCAUAUGGUAUUGUUUGGAAAGCUAUUGACAAGGAAAACAAGAAAAUAGUUGCUGUGAAAAAAAUUUACGAUGCAUUUAGAAAUAGAACCGAUGCACAGCGAACCUUUCGAGAGAUAUGGUAUCUUCAAGAAUUUCAUAAUCACUCAAACAUUAUCACAUUGCUGAAGGUUGUAAAGGCCAAAAAUGACAAAGAUAUUUAUUUAAUAUUUGAUUUUAUGGAAACUGAUCUACACCAAAUGAUCAAAAAAGGAGUAAUGAAAGAAGAAUGGAAACAUGGAUUUAUUAUUUUUCAGUUAUUAUCUGCACUUGCUUAUAUACAUUCUGCAAAUGUUAUUCACCGAGACAUAAAACCAUCAAAUAUAUUGAUGAAUAAUCGUUGUGAGUUGAAACUAGCUGAUUUUGGCUUGGCACGCUCGUUAGAGCAAGAAGGUGAAUAUGCUACAGAUCCAACAUUGACUGAAUAUGUUGCUACAAGGUGGUACAGGGCUCCUGAAAUAUUGCUGGGCUCCAAAUGCUAUACGAAAGGUGUGGAUCUUUGGAGUGUUGGCUGUAUUAUGGGUGAAGUCAUUAGUGGAAAGCCACUGUUUCCUGGGACAUCUACUUUAAAUCAAGUUGAACGUAUAAUGGCUGCUUUACCUCAUCCUAUGCAAGCAGAUAUUGAUAGUUUAUGCACUGGAUAUGCAGCAUUUGUUCUGGGGAGAGCAGCAAAUAAGCCAAAACGUCUUUUAAGGACUGUAUUACUCAACUGUUCAAAUGAUGCUCAUGACUUGUUAUCUAAAUUACUUGCUCUGAAUCCAAAUCAUAGAAUGACUGCGAAAGAUGGACUACAGCAUGCUUAUGUGGCCAGGUAUCAUGGCCAAGAUCCACCAUCUGAACUUAGUAAAUCUGUGCCACCUUUAUGCGAUGGGACGAAACUUUCAGUCGAUCAGUAUAGAGAUAAACUAUAUGAGAUGAUUGCUGAAAAUCCUGAAAAAAAGAGCGUUUCACCCAUGCCACCCAUACAAAUGCCAUCAUAUGCAGAUAAAAGAAAUGAAAGAAGAAUAUUUGUGAAACAUCGAACCUUUGAUGAAAUUCCUACCAUCGAUGAACGAAAAGAAGCUCUUCUGAGAAGUCAAAUUGCAAAAAAGCAACCUAUGGCACCAGUAGCAAGAAAAACAUUAACUCCUCCUUUCUUGUCUGAAAGGGGGAAAUUUAGCCUUGGUUUUCGGCAUCCAGUUAUUUUGCGAGGACAAGAUUCUUCUACAACAUUGUCUGCAGAUAAAAAACCUGAGAGAAAAUUAGGAAAAAAGCAAUUUGGGAAUAUGGCUAAUCAUUCCAUGUGCAGUUCAGCAAAAGCUGCGCUUCAAAGUUACAGUCAAGACCUUUCAUAUGGAACCAUUACUGUUACAGCUUUGAAGUCAUUAAGAGAGAAAAAAUGGUGA